AUGUCGAUCAAACUUUGGGACUCCUACGAUUUGACUCAAGUUAACCUCAUGAAGGAAGAACAAAAGAAUCCCGCAUACGUCAAGGAACGACACCCCUUUGGCCGCAUACCUGUCAUCCAAGAUGGAGAUUUUCAACUCUUCGAAUCCCGAGCCAUUUGCCGCUAUCUCGUCACCAAGUUUGGCGGUCCCUUUAGCUCUCUUGAUGCCGUCAUGAGCGGUGAUCCAGUCAAGAUUGGGAACUUUGAGAAGGCUCUCACUGAGCCGGCGUAUCCUUCUCAAGUGGAAAAAGCAACUGAAAUGUUCAAAACUGCACUUGAUUAUUACGAAGACUUCCUGGGCUCCAAUGCUUAUCUAGCUGGGAAUGACUUCAGCCUUGCUGACAUAUAUAUCUUCACCUGGAUGUCUUACAUCCACUUGCUAGGCUUGUACGAAGAAGUUACCGCGAGACCACAUGUUGAAGAUUUGUGGAAGCGUGUUUCGGGCCGCUCGGCCUGGAAAUCUGCUGUAUUGAGUUUCCAUGCGAACAAGCUAAGCACCAAGGGCUAUCUGAGACUGGUGUACGGCACACGGAUAGAAGUCCGAGAGUGCUUGACUGGCGCAGUGUUCAGGUUGGCGGUGACUUUUGACCCAUGUUUGUUCAUUCCCAAUAAGGCAACCAGAAGCGUCGCAGCAGUCACCAGCUUCAAGCGCAAGCUUGGAGUACCACAAAUACUUCCCCUCACAGAAAGCUCACUAGGUCAGUAUCUUGAAGUUGUUUCAUCUACCGACCUUCGUUUUCGUUGGUAUUGCUUCACAAUGCAUUGUUCAUCAAGUCUUUCAAGAGCCACCUUGCUCCUUUCUUGCAUCGUACCAUCUCUCGCGUCACAAUGCACGCCCUCAACCCCUGAAAAGCCCCGCGUAUUCCUCUUGAGCGACAUCGCCAACGAGCCCGAUGAUGCGCAGUCGCUCGUGCGACUUCUGGCCUAUGCUAAUGAUCUUCAGAUUGAAGGCCUAGUGGCGACGACGAGUGUCUGGCUGAAUGACACCACCCGCCCAGACCAGAUGCACGACAUUGUCGACGCAUACGGCGAAGCACUGCUAAACCUAAAGAAACAUGCUCCCGGCUGGCCUGAAGCAUCCUAUCUCAAAGGCCUAAUUGCUACCGGCUUGCCGGUCUACGGCAUGGACGGCGUCGGCGAAGAAAAGGACAGCGAAGGCUCCGACAAGCUUGUAAAGGCAGUCGACGCCUCGGACGAGCCGCUCUGGGUCCCGGUAUGGGGAGGGGCGUCCGUCCUGGCGCAGGCGUUGUGGCACGUCAACGCGACGCGAUCGUCCUCCGAGAUCGAAGCUUUCGUCUCCAAGCUCCGCGUUUAUGCGAUUUCUGAUCAGGACAAUACCGGCUCGUGGAUCCGUCGAAACUGGCCGCAACUCUUUUACAUUGCCAGUAUCCAUCACUUCAACCGCUACGCCGUUGCCGCGUGGGGCGGCAUCUCGGGUGAGGAGUACUACAACUUUCCGAGCUUCUCAAACCAGGAGGUCAUAUCGCCAGAUUGGAUCAGGCAGAAUAUCCAGAGUGUCGGGCCGUUGGGGGCGAAGUAUCCUGACGCUGACUUCAUUGUCGAGGGCGAUACACCUUCGCUUCUCUACCUGAUCCCCAACGGGCUCUCCGACCCCGAAUAUCCGGAAUGGGGAUCUUGGGGCGGCCGAUAUGGACCCGUCACCUACGGUGAGGGUCAUUACGCGGAUACGGUGGACGUCCUGAAAGGGGCUUCGGGAAGGACGAUCAUGAGUUCGCAGGCGACCGUGUGGAGAUGGAGGGAGGCGUUCCAGAACGACUUUGCUGCCCGUAUCAAGUGGUCCGCCAGUCCUGAAUUCGGUGAUGCUCACCAUGCCCCUGUCGUGGUGCUGAAUGGAGACACGUCUCGCAAGAUUGUGAAAAUGAUCGUCAAGGAGGAGGACGUCAUCGGGCUCGAUGCGCGAGAGUCUUGCGACCCGGACGGAGGAGAGUUGACGUACAAGUGGUGGCAGUACUUGGAGCCAUCAUCAAACAACAAUAAUCCAGGACGAGACGUCGGCAGACUGGAGCUGAGUGAUACCGACGCUCCCAUUAUCACAGUCACGAUGCCUUCAGAGGAGGCUCUCCGUGCCCCAGGCAGAAAUCGUCACCCGAAUGACGACAAGCAUAUGCAUCUCAUCCUUGAGGUCUCUGAUGGUACGCUGGUUUCCUAUCGCAGGGUCAUUUUCACCAUACUCGGACCUAUGAGUAAGACAGGGGAUGAAAAGUCUUCAGCCGGAAAGGCGGCUGAGCAAGCCGUUCAUGAUGAGCUGUGA